GCAUCGGUUGCAUCACUGUAACUACCGCUAAACAGGCGUGUUGUACCCGGUCGUGUGAGUCGUGUCGUCGUUCCAUUUGGUUUUGGUUCCAUUUACGCGAAGGCUGUAACAGUGAAAGAUACGAAGAAACAAACGCUCGUAAGUGGCGAUGAGAUGCUAAUCGACCAUCAGUAGCGUACUUGUGAUUCGGAAAAAAUUUGAAUGCACGAUGGCCGAUUCGUCCUACGAGAAAGGGUUAACUGAACUGUCGAAGAUGAAGGUAGCUGAUCUAAGGGCUGAAUUGAAGCAACGAGGACUUCCCACUACAGGCAAUAAAAAUGAAUUGGUAGAAAGACUCCAGCUAGCAAUUCACGGAGAUGCUGCAUUGUCCUUGGAUGAAACUACGGAAGAGAUUUUAGAUGAAGAUGAAGUACUUGGCGUAAGUGUACUGUAUAGGUGUUACAAUAUUAAUAAUAAUAAUUUAUAAUAAUUAAUAAUAAAUUUAAAUAUAUAUAUAUAUUAAUUUCUGUUUUAAAUACAUACAUAAGAAUUUUGGAUUAACCGCAAAUCUGUAUUGGAGGAAAUAAAGAAUGACCAAGUGGAGAAGAAUGAAAAUAAAGGAGCAAAAGUGAUCGAAGACGCCCCGCCGGAGAAAAAAAUUAUUAAACUAUCCGAGCUCAGCACAAAAGAGAGAUUGGAAAUGAGAGCUAAGAAAUUUGGAAUGCCAUUAUCGGAAGCGGCAAAAAAGGAGGCUAGAUUAGCUCGUUUUAACGUAAAUAAUCAAAAUAAUAAAUCGGCUGCAUCCAUAAAGAUACCCGUGCCUACUACAUAUGAAGUAUUGAAGAAACGUGCAGAAAGAUUUGGUACCUCAGUAUCUACUUUGAUGGAGAAGGUUGAGAUGGCUGAACGAUUGGAGAAAAGAAAGGCCAGAUUCGGUGAAGUGAAACCUGAGAAUAAACUAUCUAAGAAUAAUUAUAAGAUCAAGAUUGUUAAAUGAUACUCGGUGUUAUAUACUAAAUCAACGAUCUAGAUUACAGAAAUCUAAUUUAAGUUUUAUUUUGAAUAAAGUACUAUUAUACACACGAGAGAGGAGAAUAAUGACUCAUUGAAGAUAAUGUACUUUUUACCAUUAUUACUUCGAUAUUAAAGCAGCCAUACUUUUUUCCUUCGUUUUUCUUUUAUAUUACCUUAUCACGUGUGAAUUUCUUGUAAGAAAAUAGGCGACAGAAAUCUUAAAAAUGUAGAUGGAUGUAUUAUAUCAAUAAACUCAUAUAUGUAACAGUAUUUUAAUUGUAAUUAGUUAUCGAUACAAAGAAUGUUAUUUAAGAUUUCAGGAUUUUAGGAUUAGAAGUGUGAAAAGAGUAUAUUAUGCAAAUGCAUAAUAUAUGUGAUAAAAAAAAUUAGUAAAUUAU